AGAGACAAUUGGAUUUUAACAGUUUCAUUACUGUUUAGUGAAAUUUAAUUAAUUGAAACUGGUACUGACAGUGACGAUGAGUGAUAAGAAUCGGUAUAAAGUGUUUCGUUUGGGGCUGUGGGGUUGUGAGAUAUUCGAAAGUGAAAUUCAGUGUUUGCAGUCUAGUGGGGUAUACACAAGAUGGUGCUUAGUAUGUGUUCCAGGAGUCGCGGGGGUUUUUGUAUUCUUUUUUUUCGAUAUAAAUUUGGGUUUGUGUUUUAGAAAUCGUGGGGGAGUGAAAAGUGCUUGUGAAAAGUGUUAAAGUGUUGAGAGGUGGCCUACAGGAGACACAGGAUGUUCCAGAGAAUUCGACUGCAGAGAUAAUUGCUGAGGUACGAGCGGUGAAAAUGGAGAUGCUUUUAUCCAACACCGGAUGUUGGGAAGCGUGGGAGGCCGGCACAUGUCUACGCGUCGGCGUGGCAGUAGCCCGUUGGUGCGUGUCGGUGCGGGCCUCACUUCACAUGGAACGUUGGCAGCAGCGCAAGAGGCGGCACAAAGGGAUCCUGGAUACGCGAGUCAGUACAGGAGAAGGCAGAGGUCGGCCGGACUGAGUGGUCUCGGUGACUGGGCUAGCUUUGGAG